UGCGGGGACGGUGCUGGGGGCGGGGGCAGCAUGCGGAGCCACCUCCCCCCCCAGGGGCCGCAGAGACGUGCCGGCAGCGGGAGCGGUGUGGGGCCGUGGCAGGCAGCCUGCCUGAACCUGGCUGCACGGCUGGACUUUCAGCAGCCCGGAGAUCGCCAUCGACUGGCAGAGGCUCCAGGAGCGACCAGUCAAUCGCGACUGAUGGGCCGCUGACCACCGAAUUGCAUAUAAUUACGGAUUUAUUUUUGCGGCCGCCCCUCAGCCCGAGGCUGCGGCCCCUAAAGCCCCUGCAUUAAUCCAGCCUCCUGCGAGCCAGUGGGCUCGGCGCGGCCAGGGCAGCCUCCCUGGUAACUGACAUCUGGCGGGUUCCGCCCGCCAGGCCGGCUCCGGGGGCAGCAGCGGCAGGGCCGGCUGGGCGCAGUGACGGCGGGCGGGGCUGUAGCGCCCCGCCUCACCUCCUCCUUUUACUUCGGCCCUUCCCGGGCCGGGCUGUUGCGCAUGCGCCCUUCUCCGAAAGCCCGUUCAGCGCAGAUCAAUGCGCAUGCGUCCUCCUUCAAUAAUCAUUGGCGAAAAAGCGCUCCUAGGUUGCCGCGCGUGCGUUCCCUGGGGGGGGGGGGUCGAGAUACACGGGCGCAUGCGCUUGGCUUUUGUUGGCCGAGGGGACAAAGCCCCCGGAGGCUGUUGCGCUGCAGGGGGCGAACUCCUCGCGGAUGUUUGUGCGCGCGCGCCAGUUGGUGCGGCCCCUCCCUCCCCCGCUGCUACGCAUGCGCGUUCCUUUGAGAGACUGGCUGUGACCCACCCCGGGUUAAGUCGCAGCGUCCUGACUUCAUUGGUGGGAGCCGGAAGCGCUGCCUAGUUACCAAGAUGGAGAGUGUGAUUUAUAGUACGCUACCGCCGCAGGCUGCAAAGCUAUUGGAUAUCCAGCCUCAAGGAUCAAAAGAGGCUGAAGCUUUUGUAAAUGCCUUUCUGAAGCGUAGUAUGCCACGACUGAAAGAUGAAGCCAUCCAGGAUAAGCUAACCCGAAAAGCUGUAGUUCUUGAGCAUUGUCCUAAAAGAAGGAAAAAGGACAAAAGGAAGAAAACAAAAGGGUUUUCUGCCAAGCAGAGGAGAGAAAUGCGUCUCUUUGAAAUUAAGCCAGAACAGCAAAAAUAUGAGUUGUUUCUACCAUUACAUGAACUCUGGAAACAAUACAUCAGGGAUCUGUGUAAUGGACUCAGACCAGAUGCACAACCACAGAUGAUUCAGGCCAAAUUGCUAAAAGCUGAUCUCCAUGGAGCUAUUGUUACAGUAACUAAAUCAAAAUGUCCCUCUUAUGUUGGGAUCACGGGAAUUAUUCUACAGGAAAUGAAGCAUAUUUUCAAAAUUAUCACUAAAGAAGAUAAAUUAAAAGUUAUUCCCAAGCUUAACAAUGUAUUUAGCCUGGAGGUUGAUGGCUUUAUUUCCCACAUCUAUGGUAGCAAGUUCCAGCUUAGAGCAAGUGAGCGUUCUGCAAAGAAGUUCAAAGCAAAAGGAACUAUUGACCUGUGAUUUUAAGGAAAUUCAAAGAUAUUGGGGAUUCAUUCAUAAACUGAAAAUCAAGUUUAAAAAACAAGAACAUAUGGAAUUCUACGUCCUCUAAAGUGUUUCUUUAUACAGAAGUAUGAGUUACAAGACACAUUUAAGUUACAUCUGUUUUUAUGUACUAGGUGGUCUCCCUGAAUCCUCAGAUUGCAGUAAUAUGUCAUUAUUUCAUUUCCUGAAAAUAUAGUGUAUAACAUUUUGGUCUUUUUUUUAAAUAGUAAACUAAUAUUUGUGAUUCACAUCACUUUGUUUUUAAAAAUAAAAUCCUUUUCCCAAUUAUUUUUUGACUUAAUAUAACUUUAAUUGUGUUGGUUUAAUGUAUAUAAUAGAUGUCUCAAUUUACAUAUUUUCAGGUAAAUCACACGGUGGAACAUGUAUGAAUUCUAAUUCCUGAUGUUAAAAGUUGUCUCUCUCUGACGUGUUUCGUGGACAGACAGGGUUAUAUGGAGGAAUUUACGUACUGAAAAUGAAUUAAAUCUUGUUUUACAACUUGUUUUUAAAUUCUGUGUUUUGGCUUCCAUACAUAUUACAGUGCUUGUAAGAAGACUGUAAAAGACUUAAGGCUUUUACAGUAUAAUCACCAUUUGGUGGUGUAAACACAAAAUAAUUUUUUAUGACUUAAAUUUUAUACACUUGCUUUGUGUAAACUAUUUUCUCCUAGAAGCAGGAGCAACUGUUUCAUCUGAUCAGUUUUAUUUUGACCUAUCUGUGACACAUACCAGUGCUUACAAACAAUAUACAAAUGAGGGAAGUAUAAAUGCAUAGAUAAGUUUAGCGCAGUCUUUCUAGCUGCCAAGGAUAUCACUAUAGCCUGUGUCUUCUCACUGUGGUAUGACUUGUCACUUCAUUAAAUUUCUUGUCUACUCUGCCAGAUCACCCAUUCUGGCUGUCUUGCAUUGGAAGGGCUAACUCUGCAAUGAUCCCUUUAAAAUAAUAGGACACGUGUAGAUUUCACUGUGGAAUAGAAAAUAGUAUCUUCACAGGGGAGAGGUUUGCUCAAUCCUUUUUUCACUUUCCUCCAAUCUUUCUGAUUUUUUUAAAAUUAUUUGCAUAUUAUAUGGAGGUCCCUCUGUUUUGAAACUCUGACAAUUAUUAGAUCAAGGCAGGCUGAGAGGGAAGAGCAUUUGAAUACUAGUAUUCUAGUGUGGCAAACAAGAAGGCCUAGUCCGUGGCUGCUCCUGAGUGCCUUUUAAGGUUGUUCAAAGAAUAUUAAACAGAGGGGGGGAAAUGCUUUUAACACUCCUAAAAAGAAUGCUCAUAUUAAGCUGUGUAAUGCAAAGGUUCUUUAUCAUUGCACCCUGCCUGUGUUGAGGAAAUUAAGGGAAUAUCUUUUAUAGAAACUGCAAUUCUUGGGCAAAAUGUGUUUCAAAAAUUACUGUGCUGAAAUAAAAAAAAUUUCAAAUGCAGGCUUAUGUUGUAGUAAAAAGGAAGAAGGCAUUAAUUUGGUCAGGAUUAUAAAGGUAGCAUGUCUGAAAACAGAAAAUAUCCUUGUAGGUAGAAUUCUCAAUGUAUAAAAUCUUUCCUUUCAGAAUAAGUGUUAUUUGGCCAUGGGAACAUAACAGAGAAAAGGGUUAAAACAACAAAAGCCUAAAAACAUAUUGGCUAAGCUAAACUUAGCCCUUCCUUGCCAGUUUGUCGGUCUGGAACGUAGGACAUAGCACUGGCAGGGACUUCCUGGGUGCAGGAAACCCAGUCAGAUAAUCCCAUUUAAACUUUAUCAUGCUCCACUUUAAAACGAGUUAGGCGCUUUGUCCCCAUUGCUCUUAUUGGAAGACUGUUCCACAGCCUCAGUUCUCUGGUCAUUAGAAGCCUAAUUUCUAGCCUGAAUUUAUUCAGGGCCCGUUUCUACUCAUUUCUUCUUCUGCCACAUUGUCCUUUAGCUUAAAUAGUUCUUCUGCCUCCCUAGUGCUUAACCCCUCAUGUAUUUAUAGAGAGCAGUCAUAUCCACACUCAGCCUUCCUGGCUUGUUUAGCCUAGCAAAAGCUCUUCUAGUCUUCUCAUAAAAUAGGGUCUCCAUUCCCCUGAUCAUCAUAGUAACCCUUCUCUGAACCUGUUCCAGUCUGACUGGGCUUUGGUGCCCCAUUCCCCAUCAUUGGGCCUAUGAGACAGGCUGCAUCCUACAACUUCUGCCUCUUGGACAAUCUGCUCCCACCCACCACUCUGAAUCUGUUCCUCAGGUCAUAGGCUUACUUAUUUCAAAGUUCCUUUGUUUCAGAGUUCCUGCUUGCAGAUCUUGUUAGCCAGUACAUAUAGAUUAGGCAUAGGGCAUACCAUAUUAAUGUCGUAUUAUACCUAGCAUGUGGGCAGUUAUGUUAACUUUUCCACAGUUCUGUCCACAUUCCUCACUUAUGUCGAGAGAUUAUAUAUCCCACAACCCUCUGCAUCGCAAAACAUAGCUUUUGGCAUUAGCAAAUAUAAAUUCUGUCUAAAGACAAGAUACAUUUGCUCUAUGUCUAAGUACAGGUUCCUUCACAGUCAACUUAUUUAAAAUGUAGUAUCCAAAACAGAUAAGAAAAGGUACAGAACAAGAAGUUAAGGAAAUGGUAGGUUGGAUCUUAUAAAGUGCUUUCUAACUUGUAAGCAACUGUGCUGUAGAAGUGGGUUGGGGGGUGUAUUUUGGGAAGCGCACUUGUGUGUGGCAAACUGACACACUGCUAGAAACAGCUUCCUGGAAAGAUCAGUAACAUAGUAACUCCUUCCUGUGCUAUACUAUUGAUUUUUAGCAGUAAAUUGGCUAGGUUUGGUUAAUUGGUCUCUUGAACACAUUUCAUAAUGAACCACAAGUCUAGUGAAACAACUAGAUACAUUUGUAGCAGCACUCUCCUUAGGUUUCCAGCAGGGCUGCUGCAUUGGUGAAAACUGAUUCAAAUGUUUCUUGAGAGGGGGUCAAAAGUAGUCUCCUAAGAGUAGAUUCACUGUAUUGUCCAUAUGAGUGCUAGGCAAUUGAAUUCUAGUAAUUGCUGGGUUCCUGAAGAUCUGAUCAGAGUCCAGCCACAAUUUAAGCCGACGAUUCCAUAGAGGCAGCCCCAUCACAAUACUCAAACAAGUAGAGAGAUGCACAGCAUUCAUAAAAUUAUAUUAAUAGCUCCCACAGUCUUCACAAGGAGCUUUUUAACAUUCACAACUAAUGCAUACCAUAGGCUUCUUAAAAAAUAUACACAAGGUAAUUGUUACUCCUCCUCUGUCUGUGUUCUAAAUUUGAUUUGCGUACAAGCUGUAACCUAUGAACUGUGUUUUCAUGAAGCAAGACUACCUUGUGUUUUUACUGAUACGCCACUUGAAGUUUAAACUGGUAAUAUCCUGUUUUAAAAGUAUCCCACAGCAUAAAUGUAUUUAUAAAAUUAGUUAAGACUAAUCGUGAAAAUAAGUAAAUAGUGUUUAAGCUGGUUUUGUUACUGGAAAAGCAGACUGCAUUUGAAAGCUGGUCUGAAAUAUGCAAAGCUUAAGCUACUGUAUAUAUAAAACUACUGCACUUUGAGUAUCAAUGGUAAUUUUAAUUCAGUAUUUAAUGCAUGGGAGUGGAGCAUGAAUACCUACCAGGCCCUGUAAAUUCUAAUAGAACUGUUAUCAAGAAGUUUGGACUACAGUGCUAUCUGGUACUUUUUAAUGAGCACAAAAUUCACUUUAAGAAUGUUGAUUUAAUAUAUUUAUUCAUAGUCUGCAGUAAUAUCAUUGUAAUAAAUUGGACUUUCAUGGACCGUUCUAGCCACCUUGACCCUACUUUAUUUCCCCUUUCUCUCUCUGCCUUGGGUACAAUUGACUAGUUUCAGAGAGGUGGGGUUUUUUUUAAAUGGCAGCUAUCAGAAAAAAUAUUUUCUUUAUACCCCAAAUGAUGAAUUCUUCCCCUUUCCACCACUUGUCUCCCCCCCCCCCCCCAAAAUAGAAUACUCAUAGUCCUCAACUUCUGCCAGUACCAAUAUAGCAUCUAAUGUAGAUGUUUCAUCAGAAGGCAAUAAUCCCAGUUUUCCAAUAAGGAACAGCCCUCAAACAUUGGUGUAUCUAUCUAGUUUCUUAUCUGAUGCCCAUCAGCAUUGUCUCUUAGUCCUGUCUGUAAAGAACUAGCAUAAGAUGGGGCCUAAUGAGAUGACUUGAUUUCUAUUUCAUGGCCCUGUGUGCUUCUUUUUGGGCAGGUAGUCAGAUACUACAACAAUAAUUAGAUACUUUUUCCACUUCUAAGGCCUGUACAAUUGGAGUUAUAUUAUUAAGAGCCUCUGGCUUUGGAGGUAAAAAGGUAUGAAAAAAUAUCUAUUUGUAAGCAAUGUUUCUAAAAGUUUUGGUCGAAGUUUGUUAACAUGCAGAAGUGGCAUUGUUUAAAGCUUUACUGGCCUUCAGUUUGGGAGGACUUCAAAACUUGCUUGUGGUUUUGGUGGUGUUACAUUCAUGUCAAUAAAAGAUUUUAGGUUGUCUCAGUA